AUGGUGUAUAUUACUUCCUGGGACGAUUUCGUGGACAAAUCCGUACAGUUGUUUCGCGACGAUCCCGAAAAGACAAGGUACUCAAUGAAAUACAGACAUUGUGAUGGGCAGUUGGUACUCAAGGUCACUGAUGAUAAGCAGUGCCUCAAGUUUAAGACAGACCAGGCACAGGACGCUAAGAAGAUGGAGAAACUUAACAACAUAUUUUUCACUUUGAUGGCUCGCGGACCUGAAGCUGAUAUGUCUGAAGUAACUGAGAAAGAACAAGUAGAGCCACAGCCAGCCAAAAAGGGAAGAGGAAGAAAGCAAUGA